AUGCAGGUGCAGGGGCAGAUGCCCCAUCAUCGCCGGUUAGCCGCAAACAUGGCUAUCAAGGCUAGGGGCAAUUCGUGCACCGAGUGUCGACGUCGCAAGCAAAAGUGCGACCAAGGCCGACCGUGUAGCAACUGCGUCCGUCGAUUCCCACAGCCGACGUGCGAAUAUAACAUCAAACGAAGCAACAAGAGGCCUGCCAGUGCCGGAUCUCCAGGGAGCGCCUCUAAAAAUGUCAAGGUUGUGCUGGAAGGAGGCUACGCCCAUCUCAACCUGUCCGACAUCCAGGAUGCCAUUCUCCAGGUCGAGGGAGUCGUCGCCGCCAGCGGCAUUGCGGACAGGCUCUCGGCUGCGCCGGAUGCCUCUUCGCACAGGUCGUCUGCCGGGUCUGCCUCGGACCCUUUUCGCGUCGUAGUCACAGACGAGACGGGCACGCUCAAACCAAAGUCUGUCUUUGCCAUGCUGCGUCUAAUUCUGCAGGCUCGCUUAAAGGUCACUAAUCGCAUCGUCAACGACGAAUGGAGCAUCGACGGCCCUCAACUUAUGCGCGCCUUGCAGCAGGCAGCUCAACCGCCGGUCAUGAUUGGAGGCUUGGAUGAUCAACUGCGGAACCUGCCUAUGGAGCCAACCAGGUUAAACAUUGAGCUCGUCCGGAUACAUCUCCAACUUCUAUCUCGCUUCAAGGCUUCCAUAGACGGAAACCCUGAUCCUGAAAGUCGAUUUAUGAAACACUGGGUUCCGCUGUCCAUCAAGGACCCUCUUCUGCUUCAGAUAGUGCUCUACACGGCGGUAUGCUUCCUCAAGGAGACGGGCCGAGUGCCCAAGAUGCUUGUCUGGGCCUACAAAGGCGUGGUUCACCGUAUGCUCAAUGAGCACCUAAGCUCUACCAGGACACAGACCGGCGAUGCUGCCAUCAUGGGAGCCGCCCAGAUGGUCAUGGAUUCCUGGUACUGGGGCACCACUGAAGAACUGCGUGCCCACAUGGCGGGCCUCAAGACCAUGAUUAGAAUGAGGGGCGGUCUCCAAGACCUUGGAAUGGGUGGUUUUCUAGCCAAAACCGUGCUCAUUCACGACAUUGCCAUUGCCAUUGCUCAUGAUAUCGAACCUGACAUUUACGGCCAGGGUGAAUUUGAAUUUCGUGAUGAUUUCAUGGUCCCUUAUCAAACCGCCUUUAAUUCCCCCUUUUUAUCUGGCUGGCCACACUUUGUCGACCCGGGAUCGGCAUUAAAGCUUCAUCGAAGCUCUGCCCAGAUCCUGGACGAUGUAAGACUCAUUAUACAGACCGUGCAAUCCCUGCCCCCAUCGCCAACCGCGCAAGACCUGCAGAAUGUGACAGACGCCGCGUUGUGGGCGCUUAACAGGCUGGAUCGGAUGCCGGAAAACAUCCCACUCUACGAAGAAGAGGAGGCGACGGGUCAUCCGGCCGACGAGGGUGAUGACUGCAUGUGGGAGACUACCGGAUACGAGGGGGCGGGCACUUCCCCAGCGAGCAGCUCCGACUACGACACAUCCUCGCCUAGGAGCCACGAUGCAGCAUCCUCCAACGGCUCGCCGCCCGCCCCCGUGGAAGAGAGCGCGAGUGCUCGGCUAGCCAGGACCAAGAAUGACGCCAUGUAUCGCUGUAUCCGUGUGACUGCCUCCGUCUACUACCGCGCCAUCAUUGCUCGGGUCCCCACUACCGAGAUUCUGGGAGAGACUGAUUUCUUGAAGCUUUGGGAGCUAGUGUGGGAGGUGACUGUGCCGUUUUGGAAGACGGCUGUCGGCGUCUUCAUCUGGGUCAUGGCGGCGGCGGUGCCGAGCUGCCACAAUUCACCGCCUGCACGGUUCAUCAAGACUUUGUCUGUCGUCGGCUGGAUGACGAUUGGGCUGGAAAACUGGCACGUUGCCAUUAACGCGGCGAAUACAGCCCUGAGUCUACAGCGCUGGUUGCGGGGAGGACAUGCUCAGCAAGGAGGCAUGGUGUACGAAAGAGGGCCUCUGGGAGGUGAAAUCGUAGUGGAGAAGCACGGGUUUAUUCUGCGUGAGGCCAGCAUCCCGGAAGUGGUCGCCAACGUACGGUGCAACGACGAUCAUGAGCUGAUUGAAUAA